UUCUGUUGCAGAUAGCACAAUUUGUUUUUUAUUCUGAAUUCUGAAAUUGUGUUUAACAUUUUUAGCUUUUUAAUUGUAAAUAAUUGUAAUUGUUUUACUAUAAUGUAUUCGGGUGGCCAUUCAUGUUGUUUGGCGAAUUGCAGCAGUAUUUUCUUUGGGAAAAAACAAAUUGAAACGAGGUUUCAUAGAUUUCCAAAGGAUCAAGAAAGAUGUGCUGUCUGGAUUGAAAAGUGUAAGCCAAUUAAUUUACCAACUAUUGACCCUGAUAUUCUGAAUAGGAACCACAGAUUGUGUUCACUUCAUUUUGAAAAUAUAAUGUAUGUAAAUGUUGAAAAAACCAGAUUAUUGAGUACAGCAAUACCAACAUUAUUUAAAAAUGAUUGUGUCGUUACAGAAGAAACAUCAGAUCAUGUUGAUAUUCCAUCUGAAUCUUUGGAUGAUGACAUCCAAAUUGAAAAUGUUAUAAUUGACAAUUCGCCUAGAUGUUCAACUCCUGUGUCAUCUACUCUUAACACUACAUCAGUUUCGGGUUGUACAUCAGUAGAUACGUGUUCCAUAAGUAUUCAAACUCCGAACUCAUUAACUGCCAAAACUCCAAGGAAACGAGUACUUCAAGAACGACUUUCCAAUGCUUUGUGUUCAAUUAAGGAACUAGAACAACAACUAGAACAACUAGAGCAGACUACAACUGUUGAACAUUGUAUGAAAAUGUGUGAACAAUAUUUAUCGCCAUCAGUCUACCUUCUAGUUAAGAAUAAUAUUAUAAACAAAGAUAGGUAAAAAAGUGGACAAAAAAAAGAAAAAAUAGAAAACUAUCUAUUUUGAAACAUUUGUAAAUAAUUAUUA